UCGACACUCCUCAACUCCCCAGCCCCGUUCCAUUCUAUUUAGAGCUUUUGCCAGCUUCCCCAUUCCCACUGUGCACUGUGGGAUGUUUGACAACAUCCCUGGUGCCGAGCCACAAGAUGCCACUAGCACCCUCCACCCAGUUGUGACAAUGGAAAAUGUCUCCAGAUAAUGUCAAGAAUUCCUUGGAGGACAGAAUUGCCCCUGGUUGAGAACCACUGGGGUUGAAAAAUACCGUCCACAGACACUGGAUGAUCUCAUUUCUCAUCAGGACAUCUUGAGCACCAUUCAGAAGUUUAUCAGUGAGGACCGCCUGCCACACCUGCUUCUCUAUGGUCCUCCUGGGACAGGAAAGACAUCCACCAUCCUAGCCUGUGCUAAACAGCUGUACAAAGAUAAGGAAUUCGGCUCCAUGGUCUUGGAGCUGAAUGCUUCAGAUGACCGAGGGAUAGACAUCGUUCGGGGGCCAAUCCUGAGCUUUGCUAGCACGAGGACAAUAUUUAAGAAAGGCUUCAAACUAGUGAUCUUGGAUGAAGCUGAUGCCAUGACUCAGGACGCCCAGAAUGCCUUGCGGAGAGUGAUUGAGAAAUUCACUGAAAAUACCAGAUUCUGCCUCAUCUGUAACUAUCUGUCAAAGAUCAUCCCCGCCUUGCAGUCCCGGUGUACAAGGUUCCGAUUCGGUCCCCUGACUCCCGAACUCAUGGUUCCCCGCCUGGAACAUGUCGUAGGAGAAGAAAAAGUUGAUAUAAGUGAAGAUGGGAUGAAAGCACUGGUGACUCUUUCCAGUGGAGAUAUGCGAAGGGCUCUGAACAUUUUGCAGAGCACCAGCAUGGCCUUUGGGAAGGUGACAGAGGAGACCGUCUACACCUGCACAGGGCACCCGCUUAAGUCGGAUGUCGCCAGCAUUCUGGACUGGAUGUUGAAUCAGGACUUCACCACGGCCUACAGGAAUAUUAUGGAGUUGAAAACUCUGAAGGGCUUGGCAUUACACGAUAUCCUGACAGAGAUACAUUUGUUUGUGCACAGAGUUGACUUUCCAUCUUCAGUUCGAAUACAUUUAUUGACCAAAAUGGCAGACAUUGAGUACAGACUUUCUGUAGGCACCAAUGAGAAGAUUCAGCUGAGUUCCCUCAUUGCCGCUUUUCAAGUCACCAGAGACCUGAUUGUCACAGAGGCCUAGGUGCUGAGGACGAUUUCACUGCCAGUCCUCAGGCCCAGCAGUGACUGGAGAGCAGGGGACUCCGUUACAGAUGAACUGCUGCCUGGGCUGGGGGACAAAGCACCCCCAACCCCCCACCCCCGUUGUGGAAAAUUGUUCCAGGCAUGGUUGGCAGACAUUUAAAAAGUACCAUGUUUGUGGCUGUUUGGAGCGGGAUGUACAAAAUAAUUUUAAUGUACAGCUCUUACUGCA